AGAAAAGAUCAUAAUGAGUAAAGUUGAAGGAUAUACACUUGGUGCCUUAAUUAUUGAGGGCAAGACCAAACAAGUCUUUGAUUUACCCGAACAUCCUGGCAAUUGUUUGAUAUUGAGCAAGGAUCGCAUUACUGCUGGAGACGGUGCUCGUGCCCAUGACUUGGCAGGAAAAGCUGAAAUAUCUAAUUCCACAAAUGGUCAAGUCUUUCAAAUACUCAAUGCUGCAGGCAUUCAUACUGCCUACGUAAAACAGGCUGGUCCAAAGGCAUUCAUUGCCAAGAAAUGUGCAAUGAUACCCAUUGAAUGGGUAACCAGACGUUUGGCAACUGGUUCAUUUUUGAAACGUAAUCCUGGAGUUCCAGAGGGUUAUCGCUUCUCACCACCCAAACAAGAAACAUUUUUCAAGGAUGAUGCUAAUCACGAUCCACAAUGGUCCGAUGAACAAAUUAUUUCCGCCAAAUUUAACUUCAACGGUGUUGAAAUUGGCAAAGAUGAAGUCGACAUCAUCAAGAAAACAACAGUUUUGGUAUUUGAAAUUUUGGAAAGAGCUUGGGCUACUAAAAACUGUGCUCUUAUCGAUAUGAAAAUUGAAUUUGGCGUCGAUGAAGAGGGUCAAAUUAUAUUGGCUGACAUUAUCGAUUCGGAUUCGUGGCGUUUGUGGCCUGCCGGUGAUAAACGUCUUAUGGUCGACAAAGAUGUUUAUCGCAAGUGUGCCACCGUUACAGACGAGUCCUUGGACACAGUUAUUCGCAAUUAUACCUGGACAAAUGAACAGCUCAAGACGAUUAUUCCCAAAUCCGAUCAUUUGGUUGUGAUUUUAAUGGGCAGUGCCUCAGACAGCGAACAUUGUGAAAAAAUUGCCAAACACUGCAAAUCAUUUGGCUUGAACACCGAAUUGCGUGUUACCUCGGCUCACAAGGGUACCGAAGAGACAUUACGUAUCUUACGUGAAUAUGAAGGUCGUUUGAAUAAUCUGAUUUUCAUUGCUGUGGCUGGACGUUCUAAUGGUUUGGGACCAGUUUUAUCGGCCAACACCCCUUAUCCAGUUAUCAAUUGUCCACCCCUUAAGGCCGAAGACAAGUCAUUGGAUGUUUGGUCCAGUUUAAAUGUACCCUCGGGUUUGGGUUGCCCCACUGUCGUAUAUCCAGAAACUGCCGCCCUACAUGCAGCACAAAUUUUGGGUCUUCACAACUUUAUGAUUUGGUCUAAAUUGCGUACAAAACAAUUGUUGAAUUAUACCGCACUGAAGGUGGCUGAUAAGAAAAUGCGUGGUGUGCGUAAUGUUGAGUAAAUCGA